AUGUCCACAGCCCAAACCAAUGCUGCUUCGGCAGCAAAUGUCAAUGGGGCCUCGGCUGUGCCCAAGGUCGAAGAUCAAGCGCAGGGCCCAGCUGCAGUCAGCAAGGGUGACCCAUCACCCGUGAACUGGGACUCCGAGAUCCAGCUGGUGUCAUCACUCGCAAAACUGCAAGAGCUCGAACGAAAGAUCCAUGAAAUGCGCCAUCUUCUACCACAGGGGACACUAGAUCCCCUAGUACCGGUCGCCAACCCAAACAAGACAUCACAUAACACCCCGAUCGCAGAUUCGCCACAUCUGAUGCGGGGUGAUCUAGACGAAACGUCUCGAGCGAGCCUCUCCAGCAUCCAGCAAUUCCAGUCCAUGUGGCGCAGCCCCGAGCUUGGCCCUGUGUGGGCGCGCGUAGAGGCACGCAUUAAUGAAUCUAAUGGCCAGCUUCUACAGCCAUCAGGGAAGUGGGAGAAGGAUUAUGACGUGCUUCUCGAGGAGCUCGUCAAGGAAGAGAAAAACAAAGAAGAAACCCAUCUGCGCGAAGAUGAAGAUGCCGAGCGUGCUAAGGCAUUGUCAACUGAAGGAGGGUGGCUGGCUGCCCUUCAGAAAUUUAUCGAUCGCGAUGUGCCCGGCGUACGGGUUAUCCGUGGUCAGCAAGAAACGUCUCUGGUGGUUGCGCUUGUGCGUGCGGGUAUUGUCUUUAUGGUUCAGGGUGUGCGCGAGCAGAAUGAGGUUGGAGUUGGGGAAUGGCAGGUUUCGAGUAAGAUUGCGCCAAACAGGCCUCAAACGAAACUCGAGGGCUUUAUCCUCGACUGUCUAAGUUCUCGUCCACGGAAGUGGGAUCUUACUUUUCUGCUGGACAUGAUCUCGUCAUACGCAGAUAUCAAGCAGACACCAUGCACCAAAUGCUCCCGCCUAACCGACAACGCCGCCCAACUCCCAGCCAUCCGCCGCGCCCAGCAAACUCAACAUACCGAUGGCGAGCCGCGGACAUGGACAUUCGAAGCAUUGCACAUCAGCUGCACCCAAUAA